CCUAAUAAGGAUUUCUGAAAAAUCACAACUAUGGCUUACAUGUAAUGUAGUUUCGACAGACGUACAAGUGUGGCAGAUUUUAAGAUUACGGUCGACUUCUAGCUUCGAGCUAGAGGGAAUUUCUAUAAUAAUUAUAUAAUUAUUUGUUAAUUCACUAUCCAUUAAAAUAAUAAGUCAACGCCUUGGUACACAUCAUAUACAAUAAAUGCUGUUAAAUGAUGUGAAAGUAAGUAUGAUAACUUUAUUGGCCAAACUGCUUAAACACAGUAUAGAUUGAUGUUUGUGAACUUCACAGUCUUAGUGGGGGCGUACCCCCUCUGGCGGCGUACCGAGAGGGGGGUACGCCCAAAAGCCCCCUUCUUAAUCCGCGCCAGAUAAUGCAAUUCAUUUCAUGUGGACGAUAUCGAAAGUAAAAGUACACAUUUAAACGUAUUACUGUAAAAGAUUCUCACGAACUGUGACACACCAGGUGGUUGGGGAAUACCGAGCGCAGAGAGCAGACACAGUGAAAUGGCUUCGUUCCCACUAUAAAGCAUAGUUGGAUUACACACGUAUCAUUAUACUUGAAAUAAUUGUUAUCUUGAAAUCUUCAAAUAAUUGAAUCAUUAACACACAGUUAAAUGUUCACCUGACAGGUAAAUACAAAGAUAUUACAGGUGUAGGUGUGCACGGUACAGUCAAUAGAUGCACUUACUGUCUUCUGUUGGGUACGAGACCGCUGACCAGGACGCGUGUGUAGUAAACUCUAACGGAAUCUAGGUCACACGGUACAUGUGUAUUUACGGAAGUAGACACAUACUACACGGUGACAGUCCGCUUGGAACGACGGAGCGAGCAGGUUAAGUAAAUAUGCCGAGAUCAUAUGUAAACAAUGCAUCCAACCGAAGUAUGGGAAGGGUCGGAAUGCCAGUCGGGAGCAUGCCUGUUUCAGGGAGGUCAUCCGGGUCUUCCGCUAGUGGUGGCGGAGCAAGUUUCGGAGGAUCCAGUUCCGGGAGCUAUGGAGGAUCGUCAACAAAGGCCUACGUAGACAAUUCGUACAACCGUAGCGUUGGAAGAGUGGGAAUGGAUCAUGGAACAGCGGUGAUGUCAAAAUCCUCCUCCUCUUCAACAUCGCAAAGCUCUUCUCCUAAAACAUACGUGGAUAAUGCGUACAACCGGAACCUAGGAAGGGUGGGAAUGGAUCAUGGAACAGCGGUGAUGUCAAAAUCCCCCUCCUCUUCAACAUCGCAAAGCUCUUCUCCCAAAACAUACGUUGAUAAUGCCCAAAACAGGAGAGAAGGUAGGGUGGGAAAGAAGCAUGGCACAGCGGUGAUUUCAAAGAGUUCUUCACAGUCACCUGGUGCCAAAGUAUAUGUUGAUAACCCCUUUAACCGGCGCGAAGGGCGUGUUGGCAUGCCGCUCGGAUCCAUGCCUGUGUCACGAAGGUCCGGUUCUAAGAAGGAACCAGCAAAGGAACCAUCAAAGGAACCAUCAAAGGAAUCACCAAAGAAACCACCAGAGAAACCAAAAAAGAAACAGAAGGAAAGCAGCAUGACAUGUUUGAUUAAUGACUUGAUAGAUGACUGUUAUGAUAGACCAGAAGAAGAUAUUAACCUAGGACAUCUACAAGAAAAUUCUCCGUUCGCCGAGGAAGCUAGUGAGCAGGCAGUGGACCUCAUCAACCGUAUGGAGCAGGUCCAGUUAUUGCAACAGGAAUCACAAAAUAGCAAAGAACCUUUGACGUCAUUUGAUCUUCUUAAAAGUUAUCGCGGAGAAAGAAUCGAAUUUGAUGAGCUGGAUAUGAGAAAAAAAAUUGGCCAUGGAGGAUUCGGAGACAUCUAUUGCGCUAGAUGGAAGGGUACUGUAGUGGCUGUUAAGAAACUGCGGGUCCAGAGAGUAUCGAAGAAACGAUUACAAGAGUUUACUUCGGAAGUGCAAGUCUUCUGUGCACUCGACCAUCCUAAUAUCGUCAAGUUCAUUGGAGCCUGUUGUGAGACCCCGAGCAUCGCUAUCGUCAUGGAGUUCAUGGAAAGCUGUCUGUUUCAAAUACUUCACAUUUCUGCAGAUUCGGAUACCAUCCUUACAGAAGACAGCAAGCUGAGCAUCAUUAUUCAGAUAUCCCGUGGACUAGCAUACUUGCACGAGAAAAACAUCGCUCAUUGUGACAUCAAGUCCCAGAACGUAUUGAUGGAUUCCAGGGAGGGUGGUUACGUGGCGAAGAUUACUGACUUCGGGCUUAGCAUGAUGAGAAAUAGUUCCGAUACGUCGUCAACAACGCAUGAUCAGGUGCGGAACAUCGGAACCCCUCGUUAUUCUGCCCCUGAAGUACUGCGCGGGGAACUGUUAGACCGGGCUGCUAUGAUGAGAGCCGAUGUUUACUCUCUUGGUGUUGUGGUGUUCGAGAUCAUCUCCGAAGAUGAACCAUUUGAUUCCCUAAAUGCCAAACAAAUAGAACGUUAUGUAGGAAAUGGAGAGGAAAGACCUGUGUUUGGAUCUGACACAGAUGAAAAUGUUGAGGAAAACGUCAAAACAUGUUGGAGCCGGGAUCCGUCCCUCCGACCUUCUGCACCAAGUUUUCGUGACUCUGUUGAAAAGUGGGAGUCUCUCUUUAUGUGACACUUAGACCAGCAUUGACAUUUUCUCUUGAAAGUCUUCCUUUCAAACAUGACAUUUACUCACAGUAAAAAAAAAUAAUGUGCGAGGCGAACCAGUUUACUUUAUCAUAUACAUGUAAUGAUAUUAUUAUGUGUCAAUUUUCUGUUUAAUCUUAUUGCAUCUUGUAUAUCGAAAAGCAUAUACCCGUAUGUACAUAUAAUUUAAGCACCUUCAAUACCAUAUCAAAGAUAUCAGAAUAGUAUAGCCUUAAUAGGUAAAUAUAUACUUAAUUAUCAUAACAUACAUUAUAUAUGGAUUUUGACGAUAGUUCUGGAGUAGUCAGCGGGUGUCAGCUAGGUUUUUCAUUUCUUUACCCAUAGAGGAUUUAAAAUAUGAUAUAGGAAAUAGUAAGCUUGGAACACGUUUAAGCUUUAGAGAAUGAAAAUAUUCGACCAUCAUUCCAAUUUUUUUUCAAACAUUUCAAUUUCACCUCUCCCUUGGUAUAUUACCUUGACAAGCUCAUGUAUAUUAAAUUAAAACAAUCAGUAAUUCUAGGAUUUCUUUUCUUUAUGGGAUAAAGGAGGUGAAGAAUUUUGUGUGAUUCAUGAUGAUAUUAGUCGGAAUAGAUUUUUGAAAUUCAAAAGUAUAUCUUCUUUUAUUUCAAAUGUUUUAGGUGUAUCCAUCUACGUAUGUCUGUCAGAAGUUCUUUGUUAUUCUAUACUUGUAAGCAAGAGGUUCUAUAAUGUCUUUGCUUUCUUGACAUAGAUUAUAUACAUCACAUUGUUUGAUUCUAAAAAAAAAUCAAAUAAUGAUAAAGUUGAAGUUAUAUUUGGGG